GUUGUGCUGGCUCUGCACCAUCUUAGCUCCGCUGUUGCGUUGCGCUGUCGCCGUAUAUAUUACUAUCGCGAACCUUGAGAUAUCUUUCUUCUUCUCGUAUUUUGCUGAGCCUUGUUCGAAAUUGCUGCGCGACCGGACCCUGGGUGUAUUAAUAUAACAUGACUUGGGACGGCGACGGGGAGCUCUUAUCAAUUGGUUUAUCGGUGCGGAAUUCGCCCCGCUGUUGACCCCCAACGUGUGCCAGCGACAACAACGAGAAGGCUGAGCAGCCUCACAGUCAACUCGACCACUGGUUGGACUCAUUUCACGCUCGAGAAAUAUAUUUACCCGCAUUUACCUACCAUUUCUGGUGUCUCGCAGCUGAGAAAGCUCGAGACUUAGACCAGAAAACACGCAGAUGGAGUGAUGAUCCAAAUGCAGCGGUCCACCUCCCUUCCUGGGCCAGCUCACGCUUCUCCCUCUCUACCGACAAGCGAACCUUUGUUUAAUUCUAAGAAUGCAUUCAAUCAAACAUCACGGCCCCCAUCCUCGAACCCGCGGCACGCGCCCGAAAGGCAGAGCCCAUAUGCAUCAUUUUUAAAGCCUGCCGAUCAGGGGAUACGUGAUACUAAUGCACAGGAAGAUGCCACCAAGACUCCUAGUGCAGAACCUUCGAAAUCGACAUCUCCGACACUCCAUAAGCCGUUGCUCGAAGACGUGUCCCAAUAUACGACUAUUGAUAUGCGCGAUGCAGCUAUAGAGGCCAACUCUACCACACUUGAAGAGCUUGCUCACCUAGUCAGGCUUUCCACAUACCAGGAGCGAAAACGCCGACAAACCCGGGUCCGGCUACAACGAUCACUGGUGUCCACUGCCCUCUCCGCCCGUCUGGCACGUUGCGGAGAACUCGCCCACCGGACUCUGGUCGACAGUUUUCGCUCGGAUGAUAAAAAGACCUUUGCCACACUUAACAAUGCAAUCCAUGACGUUAGCAAUUCUUGCGAUGCCACCAGGAGAUUUGCUGCGUUGGAACCGGACCCGGAUAUUGGACAACCUGGCCAUGGUCGUCCAGACGAGCCGGGAACCUACUGGACUUUCAUGCAUGAGAUUCCCACUCAGACCCGUGAUACGUUACUCAACUUUUUGACUCAAAUUCGGACGAAUCCUGAAUACUUGGCUACCCGCAUAUGCGCUCUAACACCGUCUGAGUUGACGGCAUUGACUGUAUUCCACCAAGGAUUGGAGCCCGUCGAUUCCGUUCUGCCAUUCCAUACACGUCCUCGAGGACAGGCUGCAAGCCUGAACCGGCCUUCUGCACAUGCCCCUUCUCCAGUUGAGCGUCUACUCUCUUUCCAGCGUCAUGACCCCUUGUCUGCUCUUAUUCAUACUUGCUUUGCAAAUUCAGCGGGCCCUGAUUCCUCGGAGCACCUGAGACGAACCGAGAUAUGGGCCACGGUGUGUGCUAGACUGAUUAGCACUGAAAAUAAAAUCGCCAUCGACCCGUUCAUAUGCAGCGUGUUAAACAUCUGGACUGCCAUGAGGGAGUGGUCCGGCCGCAGCAAUCUAGAGUGGUACCUCAUGAAAAUCCUAGAAGACGGGGCCUUUAUAGUGGAGAAAUCCGAGGGACAAUCUGGUAUCCGGGCCCAUGGAGAACCAAGGAAUGUCAAGGACUCCAUUGCUGCCGAGGAAUUUUUUGAUUCUGCCAUCAAGGGACUCUUUGAGAUUGUGGAUGACCCAGGUGCCGAGGGGAUCCCGGAGAGCGUUCUUGAACUAGGUAACGCAAUCCUUCGGAAACUAGAUCCGAGGAAACAUGGAGCCACCAAGAGGUUUCUCGUGUCCAAAUGGUUGUUUCUUGAUUUCCUCCUUAACGCUAUUGUUCACCCCGAGUCACAUGGGAUGAUGACGGAAUAUCAUAUUUCGGAAUAUGCAAGACAGCGAAUUCUAAAGGAAGUUGCUUUGAGGGCUGGAAGACUAGUUGUUGACCUUACAUGGAAACAAUCGCCAGCCACUCCACCUGACAUCAAAGUCCACAUCGAAAACAUCAUGGGCCGUUUCCGAACAUCAAAGGUUUACAGGUCAAACCCCAAGUUGCUUCCUGCCAGGUCAAUCACUUCACUCAGAGAAACUGCCGAGGUUCGCCCUUAUCUGGUCGUAAGCCCGUCUGAUCUGGUAACUAUGGUAAAUGCCUUAUUCCCAGAGCGGCGUCCCACGUCUGGAUCCGCGGCUAGCGAGUCUCAUUUUGGCGGGUUCCCUUCUUCUGCAUCGUCCAUCUCUGGAUUCUCCGUGAUAUCAAGGCCACCUUCCAUGGCUCCCACUUCCCGGGGAUUUGAUACAGCAUCCAUAGUAAGUGAGAGUGAGUCGUCCAUCUUCAGUGACGUAACGUCUCGAGAACCUCUCCUUGAUGACAACUCAGUUGCCACUCACCGAUUUUCGUCCACCUCCAUCUCAUCUAUGAGCCAGGGUCCGAAAUUCGACGAUGAAGGGUACCGCCUUCGACAGGCAAUCAGAGAGAUGUCGCAUACAUUAGGACAGGACGUCAUAUCCGGAUCGUGUCACCCUUGCGCUGAACAAUGGACCGUUCUAUUUAUGGAAUUAGAUGGAACACAUUUAUCCACCCAGAUGCUCCAUGACGAAGAUGAGAUGGAAGAUGAAGAAGAGACUUCGAGCAGUGAUAGCGAUGCGGACACCCAACGAUCCAGACCGGACCUUGACAAAGACUAUCAUCAACUGCGUGAUUCGAUUUUGAAACUCGUCGGCGAAUAUGAAAUACCCCGAUCAAUUGACGAUACAAACGAUUCAAGAACAUUCAGUAACAGAGCAAACAUCUUAGAAGGCCGGAAAGCGAAUCGCCUUUAUAGAAAGAAAAAUUCCCGCGGACUGGAGGCACAAUCUAGAAAUCCGUACAGGGCACAUACACUCGCAUCACCUACAAUCCCAGAUGAUAUCAGGGAAGACCAGCAGGAUGACAAGACUCGCCAUAACGAGGCCAAUGACGCAAAUUCAUCUGUUUUACUAGACAUGCUAGAAGCAGCAGAGAAACAAUGCCAGGCACAAUCUGACUUUGUAAAUGCUCACCUCUACUGGAAGACGUCGCAGCAGCUGCAUUCGCUUUCAUCCUCUUCUCUAAGACAAAACGGCUUCGUUUCGCUUCUGAACAUCUUUUCACGUGGACCGAGGGACUCAAUCCGACGUUCUGCAGCUGCCAUCGAGGAAUACGAUGCCUGGCUUGUUUGGCUCAAGCAGUUACAGGAGCGGCACGACACAAUGAUAGAGGCGAUGAUGAGGAGCUACAGAGCGCUACGAGACAAGAUGUGGUACGUCACAGAUGUAAGAAAUUCGGCCGCUUAUGAUGGUACUCGUAAUGUGGCGCUUGCUCUCAGGGCGAUGGCAAGGCCCAAGAAUAAUAAGCGUCCAAUCUCUGCGACCUCGCGCGCGCGUAAUAUCAACAGGCCAUCAACCACAAACAACUUCCUUGUCAGGACUGAGACUCAAGUCCUCGAUAUCCUAGCAGCAUCCGACGAACAUGGUGGCCCCAAUAAGCUAUCCGACGAACAGUCUGACAAAACAUCAAAGUGGCUAUCGCAGUUUGGUAUCGAAAACUUUUGCAAGGGGGAAGAACGGAUUCAUCGAUUCUGUCUUGAGAUUGAUAGCUGCAUCAGCAAACUGGUUGGAGAUAGCUUGAUGGAUGGGCCAGUUCUGUGGUCCAGUGAGCUUUUCUAUCGCGAUAAGCGGUACCUAGACACUGGCAGGCAAAAGGGGGACUUGGUACUAAAUGGAUUUGGAGGACUCGGCAUAUCCGGUGAUGGCACUGAUCCGGACUCUUCCCAGCGAGGUUCUUCAAGGGGCAUUGAUAUCAACGCCACUGCUCGUGCAAGCCCCCGGGAUCUUCGAUCGAUGUCUAUGAGAAACGGUUCUCAACAGAGCUUCGAUUCAAGUAAAUGGGGUUCAUCUAGAAUGAGCGUUUCUGGCGACAUUAUGGAUUCUCAGGAUUAUUUUGGUCAUGCGAGCCCAGUUCUUGCUAUCGACACGGCCACAACAUUUUGGUCACCGUUUAACCAGCAGGUACGAUCACCGACGCCAAGUGUUAGAAGCUUCCGUCCUGGAACAUCAUCGACAACAAAUGACACAGUGAUGGAUGCUGGCGCAGAAACUAUAAAUGCCCCAACGAAGCAGACUUUCUUGAUGGAGUUGAAACAGACUCUUACUGCUUUGCUGAUUAGCGAUCUCGGAAGCUUGGUCUUCUCCCGUGGAAGCGAAACAGAUUCAUGGUUCUCUGGCGACCUUGGACAAGAGUGCAUGGACAGGAAAGCACGAAAGGACCGAAAGGCUAAACGGAAGAGCAAGCGUGGCCUUGAGAAGAAGAGGAGCUUCCGCGAUUUAAGAGCGGCUCACAGCAAAGAGACCCAAACAAGUGAAUCUUCGGAAGUCCCAGAGAAGAUCGCUACUCGCGAUUCGUCUCGACUAAGCCAUGGAAGCUCCACGCCUUCUCACCAUUCUCGAACGAACAGCUCUGCAACUUUGGAUGCAUCCACCGGGGUCUCCAUGAGGCAACAGACCAGAGAGAAUACUCCGACGGACUUCCCGUACAAGGCUGCUUUCCGCAAGCUCCUCACUAUGUUUUCAGUACACCCCAAUCCAUAUUCGAAGCUAAACGCAUUAUAUGAGUUGGAACAUCUAGUUAUUGCUUCUUUGACGACAAUUCCCCGUCGAAAGGCAAUGAAGCAUGGUUCAUACAUGGCUUCACCGAGAUCGUCAACCUUUCCAACAGACUAUAGCCGUGAGCCAAGCUUCGUGACUCCUCGGGCGAGCAAUGUCGGCGAGGCGAUUGAUAAUUGCAAAGAACGCCGUUCGCACGCCAUUUACGAAGCUGAACCAGCUCCGCCAGCACGCAAAGCCGAGUCUCGUUCCAUGACUUCACCGGCCCCUGCAACUACAGAUAUGAUUGUUGAUGUACUUCAAGAUCUUUUCCGCGAGGCCGGAAUGCGUCCCAAGACUUUAUUCCGCGACCUUCAGUAUAUUGCAGCAUUCAUCCCUGCGUCAGUUCUUGACAAGACCGACCGCGGGAAGGCUUUCUGGGAUGCCGGUCUGGCCGCCCUCGGGUUGAAGCAAGAUGUAUGCCGCACUAUGAUCGAUAUUGCAGACGAGAUUGUCCAACACUACACAUCCACACGCCAACCUGUCCCGCCGCCAAUGGCCCCGGGUCAAUCACAAAAUUCUUCGCGUGGAUCUGUGGAUUCGAACUCAGAACCUGAGAUCAUGCAAUAUGGAAUGCAAGAUGCAGCUCGCAUGUGGACUAUAACAGCAAAAGAAGGAGACCCAGCGGCAGAACGCGAACUUGCUAUCUUCUAUCUCACACACCCAGAACUAGUCGAGAGAACGACGCUGCCACUGUCAAGACCGAGAGAGACGUUCAAGGCCCAGGUAAUGGAAAUGCAUGCUGGUGGUGGAGAGGGUGAUAGAGAGCGAAGUGAUCCAGCCACCAUGUGUGCGGCGUAUCACUGGAUGGAGUUGAGUUCACAAGGCGGAGAUGAGCUGGCCAAGAAGUACCUGAGGCAGAGGGAGGAGCUGAAUGCAUUGCCAUGAAAACUGGGACUGGCGUUGACAGUGCGGGCUAUGUAAUUUUUUGUGUCAUUUGGGCGAUGCUAUAUCUAUACCAUUUGCUUUUAUGUUUGCAAGCAUUUAGCGCACGUUAUUUGGGAGGUUAUUUGUCUUUUUGUUUGUUUAGUUCGUUAUCGUAUAUAGAAUGUUUCUACCUAUGAGAAACAACCUGUGCAGGUAAAACAGAACUGCUACUGAGGGUUAAAAGGAGAUUUGAAUUUAUUAUGCCCAUUAAAAUACCCAAACUUAAUGUAAUUCUAAGAUUCUGCGCUAUCUUGAUGGUGCAUGUUUGGAGACUUACGGCAGCCAAAUAUAGUUUGAGCAACUCUAGCACAAGCAAAUAAAACACAGAAUUUAUU